AUGCUGACUUUUACCCAGCUGAUCAUUUUGCUUUUUUGGACCAGCAUUAGCUCCGCUGAUGCAGAGAAACUUUUCCACAGUCGGGAUCAUUCUGAUGUGCAAACCCUCAGUUCUCACCAAGCUGAGGUUAUAACAGACACGUACACGGCAGAGGUAUUUCUCUCUAGAUAUGGAUUCAUGAAGCCAGUGAACUGGGAGGAAAUCCAGUUUGAAGAGUCACACGCAAAUUUUAAUGACGACUUCCUGGAUGAACUGGAAGCCACGAUACAGGAGGGGACCUCAGGGCCUCAUUCAAGGGAUGAUCCUCAGGAUGACGAUGAAUACGACCACAAGAGACCAACUGAGAGCGAAGCCUUUAUAUCUGCACUUAAGGAGUUCCAGAAGUUAUCGGGCCUGCCUGUCACAGGCGUGUUCGAUGAGACCACAAAGCUGGCAAUGAACAAACCAAGAUGUGGGGUCCCUGAUAUGGAGGUUGACUUGAACGCCGAGAACAGCAGCACCUCAGAUAUGGAAAUAAGUCCUGGUGAAGCUUUUAAUGGCACAGAUAGUAACAGCACAGAAACUAGUUUAACCAAUGAUGCUUCUUUUGGUGCAGCAAACUCCUCUGAAGACGACUUAUUCAGUUUUAAUGACACAGAAAGUGUCCCCACAGGCAACUCCAGUGACUCCAGCAUGAAUUACACACAGGAAUCAAACUUAUUUGCUGACACUUUUCUUACAAACAGCUCCAAUCAUCUCAUCAUAGACUCUCAAGUGGUAAAUAUCAGUGUGAACACGCGUCAGAGUGAAGCAGUGCGACGCAGGAAACGCCACCUUGCCGCUCUUGUGUCCAAACAAAGACGCAGGAGAGAUGUGACUGAGACCGGCUACAUGGCCUUUUCCAAGAGGGUGCUGAAGUGGAGGCUAAUUGGAGAAGGCUACAGCAGCCAGCUGUCCGUCGAGGAGCAGAGGUACAUCUUCAGACUGGCCUUCAGGAUGUGGAGCGAGGUGUCGCCGCUGGAGUUCGUGGAGGACACACGCUCCCCGCUGGAGGAUGUUGACAUCAGGCUGGGCUUUGGAACAGGAAGACAUCUCGGCUGCAAACAGAGGUUUGACGGCACAGGUCAAGAAUUUGCCCACGCCUGGUUCCUGGGUGAUAUACACUUUGAUGACGAUGAGCACUUCACUGGUCCCAAUGCCGGAAGCGGGAUCAGCCUUCUCAAAGUGGCAGUCCAUGAGAUCGGCCACGUCUUAGGUCUCCCCCACAUAUACAGACCUGGAUCUAUAAUGCAGCCCAGCUAUCUGCCACAUGAGUCUGGCUUUGAGAUGGACUGGACGGACAGGAAGGCCAUACAGCACCUCUAUGGGGUCUGUAAAGGUCGGUUCAACACAGUGUUCGAUUGGAUCAGAAAGGAAAAGACGGCCUACGGGGAGGUGGCCAUACGCUUUAACACCUACUUCAUGAGAGACGGCUGGUACUGGCUGUAUGAGAACAGAAACAACCGCACACGUUACGGCGACCCAGUGGCGCUGCAGGCCGGCUGGCGUGGGAUUCCAGUGGAUGGUGUGGAUGCAUGUGUGCAUGUCUGGUCCAGGAGAAGAGAUGCUGUUUACUUCUUUAAAGGUACUCGGUUCUGGAGGUACAACAGCGAGAACGACAAGGUGUUCAGACAGGACCCAGAAGGUCAUCGGUAUCCGAGGUUAAUCUCUGAAGGUUUCCCCGGGGUGCCUGGUCCAAUCGACACAGCCUUUUAUGACAGGAGAGACUCCCACAUCUACUUCUUCAAAAACACGCUUGUGUACGCAUUCAGUGUUGAAGCCAACAGCUUGGCACGAGGCUUCCCCAAAAACAUCAGAGAAGUUUUCCCCGCAGUGGUGAGCGGAGACCAUCCAGAUGGCAACAUCGACGCUGCCUACUUCUCCUAUACCCACAAUGCCAUCUUUCUGCUGAAGGGCUCCUGCUUCUGGCAGGUGGUGAGCAGCCGCCAUCGCUGGCGUUGGCCCUCUCUGCCCCGGAAUGGCCUGCUGCCACACAAGGAGGUGGAUCUCCACUGGUUCGACAUCUGCAACGUUCAUCCCACUGCUCUCAAACUAACCCGCUGAGGGUGUAGAUGUAAUAAAGUCUAGUGCACUGAUGAAGCCUGCUGCUUUACCUGAUCUUCCUAUGUUGUCAUUUGUGUAGACACCCUUUAUAUAUUCUUUCAACACAUUUAUUGUAUAAAAGACAAAA